AUGACACCAGAUGAAGCAUCAGUAGAAGAUAAUAUACAAGACGAAGUUGAAGAAGAUGUUGUUUGUGGACCAACUCCAUUAUCUAAACUUGAAGGCAAUGGUAUUUCAGCAUCGGAUAUUAAACGGAUUAUUGAAGCUGGAUAUAACACUGUAGAGGCAAUUGCAUAUACACCUAAACGUGCUAUUUUGUUGAUAAAAGGUAUAUCGGAAGCAAAAGCGGAUAAACUGCUUUCUGAAGCCUCCAAGUUAGUUCCUAUGGGGUUUACUACAGCUACAGAAUUUCAUCAAAGAAGAAGUGAAUUGAUUUCAAUUACAACAGGAUCAAAGCAGUUGGAUACGCUUCUUGCAGGGGGUAUUGAAACUGGAUCAAUUACUGAAAUAUUUGGGGAAUUUCGUACAGGAAAAAGCCAAAUAUGCCAUACGUUAGCAGUAACGUGUCAACUUCCUAUUGAUAUGGGAGGUGGUGAAGGGAAAUGCCUUUACAUUGAUACAGAAGGAACGUUUAGGCCUACGCGACUUUUGGCUGUUGCAGAUCGAUAUGGUCUUAAUGGAGAAGAAGUUUUAGAUAAUGUUGCUUAUGCCAGAGCAUAUAAUGCCGAUCAUCAGUUGCAGCUUCUUGGACAAGCAGCGAAUAUGAUGGCAGAGUCCAGAUUUUCGCUUCUUAUUGUGGAUAGUGCCACAUCUUUAUACCGUACCGACUUUGCAGGCAGAGGCGAACUAUCCGCUCGUCAAAUGCAUCUUGCAAAAUUUUUGAGAACAUUACAACGUCUUGCAGAUGAGUAUGGUAUUGCGGUUGUAAUUACCAACCAAGUAGUUGCUCAAGUCGACGGGAAUGCUUCAAUGUUUAAUCCAGAUCCUAAGAAACCUAUAGGAGGAAAUAUUAUUGCACAUUCAUCAACAACAAGAUUAUCCUUACGAAAAGGAAGAGGAGAACAACGUAUUUGUAAAAUUUAUGAUUCUCCUUGUUUAGCAGAAGCAGAUGCAGUAUUUGCAAUUACAAAUGGAGGAGUAGAUGAUCCAAUUGAUGCUUAG